CUGAAGUGGAGGCCCGUUCUACGGAAGCGGAGGAAAGCGUCUGCUUCGUCGCCGAUCUCGCCUCCGCCGCGAGUCUCCCCCAACGGCGAGCAGAUUCGCGCCGAACCCGCCACGAUCUUUGAUGCGAUAAGCUCUCUACCGCCUCUGGGUUCGCGAUGCUGCGGAAGGUGGCCGCCGGCUUCCUCGCCUGCGCCGCCCUCUACCUCGCCUUCUCCUACCUCCGUCGCGAGAGGAUUACAGAGGUUCAGUUACCAGCGGUUACUCAUAGGGUAUACCUGGAUGUAGAGAUUGAUGGUCAAAAUAUAGGUAGAAUUGUUAUUGGUCUUUAUGGGGAAGUUGUGCCAAAGACAGUUGAAAAUUUCAGAGCCCUCUGUACAGGUGAAAAGGGUGUUGGGGCCAAUGGUAAAUCUCUUCAUUAUAAAGGAACACCAUUUCAUCGAAUUAUCCCAGGUUUCAUGAUUCAGGGUGGUGACAUAAUUAGAGGUGAUGGGAAAGGAAGCGAGUCUAUAUAUGGAGGCACCUUCUCAGAUGAGAAUUUCAGUGUGAAACAUACGCAUCCAGGUGUUGUUGCUAUGUCAAAUUCUGGAACCGAUUCUAACGGAUCCCAGUUCUACAUAACCACAAUCAAGACGAGCUGGUUGGAUGGCGAGCAUGUCGUCUUUGGCAGGGUGAUUCAGGGAAUGGACUACGUGUACGCCAUUGAAGGUGGUGCUGGAACUUACAACGGCAAGCCGAGGAAGAAGGCACUGAUCACUGACUCCGGAGAGAUACCCAAGGAGAAAUGGACCGAGGAAAUUCAGUAGACUCCUUGGUAAUUUGGUAUGGUAUGUUGCUCCUGGACAUUUUGACACCACGUAUCUCCGUGACCGGUCUUGUCCGCUGCCCUUCCCCUUCAAGCAAGACUGAUAAAACGUUGUACAUUGUAGCCAGUGUAUAGUCUGUCGAAUCCUAGUGUCUGAGCUUGUAUUCUAGCAACACAAAAAUUGGAACUGAAUCUAUAUGCCCUAGCCUAUGCAGUGAAAUACCUGAAUGAUGACCGGAGCUAUCUACCCUACAAAUUAUUUCU